AUGAAGAGCCCUCGGCGGUCAAAGCAGCGGGCUAAUACUACCCCACAGAAGCGGAGGAUGAAUUCUACACCGAAAAAGAAAGUGAUGGAUAGCGGCCUAGAAGAAGCAUGUUCUGGACCAAUAUCAAUUAAUGCAGUACAGAGUGUCCAUUCUUCACAACUAAUUCCUGAUCUGCGGUUAGAAGCAAAAAUGACAGCUGAGGAAAAUUCACGUAUAUUUGUGGGGAAGCAAGUACAUCCAUUUUUCUCAUCAUGGAAAAUGUGUAAGAGAAACCACGAGAUAGCUGAUGCUAAAUUGUGCUCUAUUGAGAAAAAGAAUAAACGUGUUACUUUCAGCCCUAUUCAUGUAUUUGAGAAAGUUGAGGAUGAUGUUGUAUCUCUUGAUUGGGAAAAUUGGAUAUUUUCUGAAAGUGGUUUUGUCAGUAAUACUUGUCUAGGCAGUGGGUCUUCAUCAAUUUAUGAAAGACGUGUCAAGUUCUUACAGUUCGAUAACUUUCCAAGUAUAACUCAUCCAGGCAGAACUUCAUUGUGCCAGAAUGAGAUUUCUUUGAAUCAUUGUUGCAUUCAACAUGAAGAGGUCUCUUUGAACCAUUCUCUUACAGAAAGAGUAUUGCAUGUGUUAUCACCCACACCGGCUGAUGAGCAACUGGCCUUCUGUGAACUGCCAAAAAAUACAGAAGUGAAUCUUGAAAUGGGCAAAGUUGAUCUGCUGUCAGGGAAGGAUGACUGUGUAAGAAAAUCGCAUGUUGAGUGGCAGGGAAAAUUUCUUGAGGAAAGGAUUAUGUCACAUUAUCAUGGUUCUGGCAAUCAACCUGAGAACAGCCUAUGGACAGACAAGUAUCAGCCUGGAAAGGCCUUCGAGGUAUGUGGUAAUGGUGAAUCUGUGAAGUUUUUAAGUGAGUGGCUGCAUCUUUGGCAUGAGAGAGGUUUUCGAACCAGCAAAAAUUCUACUGGUGGCAAAAAAAGGUUUGAGCAAGAUGUUGAUUAUAGUUCUUAUCACAGUGACUGCGAUUCUGAUAAUAUAGAUGACGAGACUAGUCUGAAGAAUGUCCUCUUAGUUACAGGACCAGUUGGGAGUGGGAAGUCUGCAGCAAUCUAUGCUUGUGCCAGAGAGCAGGGAUUUCAAGUUAUUGAGGUCAAUGCAUCUGAUUGGCGAAAUGGAUCUCUUGUAAGGCAAAAAUUUGGAGAGGCUGUAGAAUCAUGCUGGCUUCAACGUCCAGCAAAUCCAGAGAACAAGCAUCCAUUGAGAUCCUCAAAAUCUGCACUUAAUACCCUAGCGGACCAAGGGUCUGGUAAUGAAGUUAUUGAACUUAUACCUUUAUCAGAUGAGGAAGAUUCUCAAAAUGCCAGUAGAGUGCCUGGGAAAUCAGUCUGUAAGGAGAAUAAAACUUCUAGUGAUGAAUGUAACAUUAAAACCUUGGUACUUUUUGAGGAUGUGGAUGCUACUCUAUAUGAAGAUCGUGGUUUUAUUGCUACAAUACAACAACUUGCAGAGACUGCAAAGCGGCCCAUGAUUUUGACUAGCAAUAGUGACAAUCCUGUCCUCCCAGACAAUUUGGACAGGCUAGAGGUGUGUUUCACGAUACCAUCAUUGAAGGAGCUCCUUGGCCUAGUACAUCUGAUUUGUGCUGCCGAAAAAGCUAAAGUUCAUCCUUGCUUGAUAGAGCGAUUUAUUGGUUAUUGUCAUGGAGAUAUUCGUAAAACCAUUAUGCAUCUCCAGUUCUGGUGCCAGGGUGAAAGUUUUGGAAAAGGCAAGUCACAUGGACAGAUGGUAACAAACUUUUUUUCGGAAAAUAGUGAAUUGCGGAGAAUGUAUCAUCCACUUCUAUUUGAUCUUGACGCUGGGCACCAAAUACUACCAAAGAUAGUACCUUGGAGUUGCCCUUCUCGGAUGUCUGAGCUUCUGGAAGAGGAGAUCACUAAGUCAUUGUUUAUGAUGGAAGAAAGCAAUAGCUUAACAGAGAUAGUUGAGGAGGAUCUAGACAAUGAUGUACCUAAUACUUUUAGUGUGCAUGGCAAUGAACCAGACACUGUUGGGGCCAAAAAGGUAGCAAUGUUAAGUAUGCACUGCUCAGUUCAGGAUGGCAAUGAUUUUGCAGUUCAGUUUGAUAAUACCUGUGAAUUUUCCACUUCCUCUGGCUCCCCCAUUGCAUUCACUAGGCGAAAUGCUCGGAGAAAACUUGACACAGUACUGUCCUCUGAUUCAGGAGAGGAGUGUUCCUGUGAUGGAGUUCCUGUUGUUUCGGGCAGGCCAUUUGAUUACACUAAUAGUGAAGUACUCCUUGAAGUGAAUAACAAGUCUUCCUCUCAUUGUGUAGCAAGUGAAAGACACUGCAACCCUUUAACUGAGUAUCUUUGUCACUCAGAAGGGAAGUUGGAGAGAAAUAUUUUUCAGUGUUCGGAAACAUCGGAUAAUUCACAUAUUAAUGCUAUGUGCACAGUAGUUGAUGUAUCCUGUGUGCCAGAAUCGUUUGUUCCUGAGACUGAGGUUAACAAUGGAACAGUUCUAUUUUCUAGGACUGUGUCUUGUAGUCAUGUUGCUGACAAAGUGGAAGCAGCUUCUACGAGUAAUGAUUUUAUGCCAAACUUGUUUCCAUCUGAGGGCAACAAUCUUUGUAAGUCUUUACCAGGAUUCCAUAAAAAUCGUAAGAUACUGGGUAAUACUUCGGAUAUAUUUGUGGAAUCAUUUCAUGGAGAGGAGGUGGGGGAUUCUCAUGUUGGCUGUGUGGAAGUUAGUCCAAAAGAGUAUCAAGCUAUGGAUGAGUGUAGCCGCAUAAACUUCGGCAGGAGCUCCAAAUUAAUGGAGAAACAUAGCUCCGGAUCGGUGAUUGAUACUGUACAGGAAACAUGGAGAAAAUUUCGUGAUGGUCACAUGGAUCUGAAACAAUACAUCACCCCCGAACAGAAAAAUGCUUCCCAAGUUCUGAAGCAAGCUUGUGGAAUAAGUAAUCUUAUUUCAGAAGCUGAUUUGUUACUUAAUGAUUGCCAACCACUUAUAUGUGAUUAUCUUGAAACGUCAGUGAUUACUUCUGAGAAUUCACAUUCAUUUGGCUGGCAUGAUGACCAACUGCAGAUGGCCUCAACAAUUGCACAACAUGGGAUUUGCUUUUAUUCCAAAAAAAUUGCUGCUUUAGGAUCAAACAUGGAGUAUACUAGCACAGUGGAUUUGGGCUGGGAGAUGCUGACAUCGUCAACCAGUACAAUGGCAUUGGGAAAAUUGGUUAGUCAGGAUAGGAGAACGAUUGAAAGUUUAGAGAUGGAGCUACCCAUAACUACCACUUCAUUAAAGAGUGAUUUGGAGUCAUGUUUUUGCAAUAUACUUCAGUCCAUAGUUCCGUCAAAAUCCCACUUAUCAUUAAGAGGUGAUGCAUUUCAUGAAUACCUCUCGUCGUUGGGCCAGAUUUCCAGAUCAGAAGCCUCACGCUUAUCAGAAAGCAGUGACAAGAUGAAGCGAAGAAGGGCACGUGUUCCCAGACAUUACUUGUCUUCUGGUGCACUAAUGUUGUCCUCUGAAUAUAUAUCCUUGCUAAGUCAAUAUAAUUGCUAUCAGAAGGUUUCUUCCCAAUCCACGGAUGCAAGCUUGAGAUGA